AUGUCGCCAAAUAAAAUGCAACUGUGCACUCUGUGCGGAUUUGUUCUGCUAACGCUGAAACCGUUCCAGACUUUUGGAUUUAAUAUACAGACACGAAAUGUCAUUGCCAUAGCUGGCCCCAGAGGAUCGCAUUUCGGUCUCACUGCUAGUUUCUUGCCCGUGGAUUCAGAGACAGAUACCUUAGGGAUGAUAGUUGGAGCACCCAACGCUAAUACAACUCAGGGGGGAGUGAACUCAGGAACUCUACAUUUGUGUGAGAAUAUCCUGGACGCCUCAGAGAAAUGCUCCAUAUUGAGGCAUUACGACGACAACGUGCGUAA